GUUUCUGGGGGCUUGUCAACAAUGCGGGAAUAUCAACAUUUGGCGAGACAGGGUGGCUGUCUAUGGAGAAGUAUGAAAAAUUUGCGGAUGUGAACCUCCUUGGGAGCAUCAGGACAACCCUGGCAUUUCUUCCUCUUCUAAGGAAAUACAAGGGACGUAUUGUUUUCAUGUCCAGCAUUAUUGCCUAUUUUACUCUGGGAAAUGGCAUUUACUCUAUGACCAAGGCAGCUAUUGAAAAAUUUUGUGAUGCCCUAAGACUGGAAAUGAAGAAGUUUGGUGUCCGGGUCUGUAUUAUUCAGCCAGGAAAUUAUGCACGCUCUACAAAAAUUCAGCCACCAGUCAGUGCCGAAGAGAUUUGGAACGAACUCAGUGAAGAGGAAAAGGCAGUUUACAAUAAGGAGUACGUUCAAGAGCGGGCAAACUUUUUCAACAGCAUCCUCAGCGAAGGGAGCGCUAAUGGCAACGAGGUGGUAGAUGCUAUGGUAGAUGCUUUAACAUCUCCUGCACCCAAGGCACGUUACAUGGUAGCGAAGCUAAAGGAGAAAGCAUUGGUGUUUGUGUGUGCUUUAUUCCCAACCGUUGUGAUGGAUUCCGUUUUGUCUUAUGCUCUGAGUAAGGUUUCUCCUCUCAGCCCGGUCUGCAAGCAGUUGUGCUUCAACUCAAGUCUAACGCGCCUUAUUCACGUUACAGUGCGACACAAACCCUGCGGGAACGGCUAUGGAGUUGGGUCACACGUAGAUCUUGUAAUUCCAUUUACGCGGCCGGAGAUUCCAGCAAAAUUUAGAGGCGAAACAACUGCGACGCGCAGCACGGGGAGGACAAGGAGGUCUGGCAAGGAG